AUGUCAUUCAAAGUCAAUACAUCUGUCUUAAGCAAUGCUGAUGGAUCGGCUGAACUAACCAUAAAUGGAACAAAGUGUUUGGUAUCUGUUUCAGGUCCAAUAGAACCCAAAGUUCGUCAAGAGCUACCCACACAAGCCAGUCUUGAAAUAAUAGUACGUCCAGCUCAUGGUCUUUCAACAACUAGAGAAAAACUCCUUGAAGAUAAAUUGCGUUCCUUACUCCAAUCACUUAUAAUAAGGUAUAAAUACCCUCGACAAUUAAUUCAAAUCGUGGUUCAAUUUUUGGUGGUUGAUGAAGAACCAGAGUAUACAUGUAAUGAAUUGAAUGCAGCAAUAAACGGUUGCUAUUUUGCAUUGAUUGAUGCUGACUUGGCAUUGUAUCUGAGUUUUGCAUCCACAAAUGUCUGCCUCAAUCUAGGUAAUUUAAUUAAAGAUCCUACUGGGGAUGUCAUUGCCACGAGUGAUUCCCACCAUGUGCUUUGCUUCAGUUUAGAGGAUGGUAAGGUUGGAAAGUUGUUACUUUUAGAGAGUGCAGGAGAAUUCAAUGAAUCACAGUUGUUUGAUUUGAUUUCAAAGAGUGUAUUGACAGUGGAAGAGCUACACAAGCUACAGAGGAAAGCUAUAGAGGCAAAGGUGGAAAAGGAUUACAUAUGGAGUAGGAAUGAUUAA